CCCGCCCCGAAUGCGCCUCCUUUCGGAGCCCCGCCCCUUUUCCGUGUCAGCUGUUGGGUUGGGGCCCUUUUUUUCUGUCUUUCCAGUCCGGGUUUCUCGGGUCGUGCCCUUGUUUCUCUCCUUGUAGCUGAAGACUGCUGAGAGCAGAGUCCUUCCUGAUCCCUUUGUUUGGGAUCGGGCUUCCCACGUCUAGCCUCUCUUUGGCGGUUGUGGGUAGGAGUCUGACCUAUUAUUUUCCUGAAGGAUCUGGGGCAGAGGUGGGGGCGGUGUGCUCACAGGGUCUCUAGGACUCAGAAUCCUCAGCCCUCCCUCUCCAGCAGUGGUUAACAGUGCAGUCUCUGCCAACAGGUAGAACUCGGUUGAAAUCCCGACUCGUCCCUUUAGUAGAUGGAUGACCUUUGAGAACAGCCUCAGCCAAGGUGGGAAGGAGGCGGGGACUCGACAGCCUGUGGUGAUUCUCUUGGGAUGGGGUGGCUGCAGGGACAAGUACCUUGCCAAGUACAGCGCCAUCUACCACAAAAGGGGCUGCAUCGUGAUCCGAUACACAGCCCCGUGGCACAUGGUCUUCUUCUCCGAGUCCCUGGGCAUCCCUUCACUUCGUGUUUUGGCCCAAAAGCUGCUGGAGCUACUUUUUGAUUAUGAGAUUGAGAAGGAGCCCCUGCUCUUCCACGUCUUCAGCAACGCUGGCGUCAUGCUGUAUCGCUAUGUGCUGGAGCUCCUACAGACCCAUCAGCGCUUCUGCCACCUGCGUGUGGUGGGCACCAUUUUUGACAGUGGUCCUGGCGACAGCAACCUGGUAGGGGCUCUGCGGGCCCUGGCAGCCGUCCUGGAGCACCGGCCUGCCAUACUGCGCCUGUCGCUCCUGGUGGCCUUCGCCCUAGUGGCAGUCCUGUUCCACGUCCUGCUUGCUCCACUCACAGCCCUCUUCCACACCCACUUCUAUGACAGGCUACAGGAUGCAGGUUCUCGCUGGCCUGAGCUCUACCUCUACUCAAGGGCAGACGAGGUAGUCUUGGCCAGAGACGUGGAACGCAUGGUGGAGGCACGCCUGGCACACCAGGUCCUAGUGCGCUCUGUGGACUUUGUGUCAUCUGCACAUGUCAGCCACCUUCGCGACUACCCUACGUACUACACAAGCCUCUGUGUUAACUUCAUGCGCAGCUGUGUCCGCUGCUGAGUCCACCUCACCUCUGCUCCCAAAAUAAAUGUCUGAUACCUCCCCACAACCUA